GGCUUUGAAUGGUCUGGACUCUUAAUUUAAGUCGAAGAUGAGUGCUACUUUUGUUUUCCUUAUUACUGCAAGCCUCUAUAGUUCUAGUGCAGAACUUAUCACCCACUCAAUGUCAAGAGUGCAAAAAUAUGACCUAAAAAUUGUACCGCCGGCAAACAUACAAGCAACAAAGAACGUUCGAAGUCUGUCCCAUUGUGCAGCUACCUGUAACCGGAAUAGACAGUCCUGUCUCUCCAUACAGUAUCAAGCAGAGGCUUCCCUGUGUCGGUUGGUCUCUGUACGUUUAAAUGACGAGGAGGUUUUAGAAGAACAUGGUUCAAGUGGUUGGAAAUAUUAUGAACGCAACAUGGAAUGUUUCGACUGGCACAUAUUCAAUGGCCACGCAUACCAACUGGACAUCACCACAAGGAAUUUUACUUCGGCUCAGAAAUUUUGUGCAUCUCUUCUACCCACGUCACAUGUUAUAGAAAUUGAAUCCAACGCUGAAAACAACUGGAUUGUGGAACUAGCAACAAGAUAUUGUAACGUCAAAUCGGAAAUCUGGAUUAAUUUGUAUGACAGCUUCAACACGCAACCGUACACUUGGUUGGAGAGCGGGCAGUCGGCCGUCUACACCAACUGGGCCCCGGACUCCCCGUCAGACUUUGAAGAGAAGUGCGCCACGUUUUCUACGUCGGCUGGGGGGACCUGGAAUGACGUCGUAUGUGAGCUGUUAGCUCCCGUGGUGUGCGAGCGGGAUCUUUAAUGAAACUUGUAAUUGAGCAAACUGAUAAAAUAUGGUACAACUGUACAUAAAUGUUAAAGUCAUCAAACAAUUCAGAGAGACAUACUAGGAUUGUAUUCUAUCAAUUUUAAUGUACAUUUCUUUAACUACUGCAUGUGUUUAUGUAUUUGAAUAUUUACAUGCUAUAACAAAAUAAAUAUACGUUGAUGCUA